CUCACUGCGCCCUGACCGUUACCCGGCACUGACUGACAGCGCAACUGGCCACUCACAGAGCAGGACGGGGCGGGGUGGGCGUUCCGUGCGGGCGCGGCCGCAGACCAGCCUGGCGGUGUCGCUCCGCUUCCUCCCUGGGGCGGUCGAUGCCAUGUUGUCUCAGAAGAGGGGAAGAAUACCUUCCAGAAUGGCCAUGAACUGUUAUUGGAGAGUCCUGGCAAUUUUCUCACUAUUUUUUCCAAGCGCAUUGUCUCUCCAGCCAGCCCAGCCUGCAGUGUUGCUAAUAUCUUUUGAUGGAUUUUGAUGGGAUUAUUAUAAAGUCUCAACUCCAAAUUUUCACUAUGCCAUGGAGAAUGGUGUUGAUGUCAAAGAGAUCACUAAUGUGUUUAUAACAAAAACGUAUCCUAAUCAUUGCACAAUGAUGACUGGUCUUUAUGCAGAAAGCUGUGGUGUAGUUGCUAAUGAGAUGUAUGAUUCUAUUCUGAAUGAAACUUCCUCUCUGAACAAAAUGAAUAUCCAUAACUCCAAGUUCUGGGAAGAAGCCAGGCCAAUAUGGGUAACGAACCAGGGGGAAGGACAUAAAACUGGAGCAGCUAUGUGGCCUGGAACAGAUGUGAAAAUACAUGGAGUCUUUCCUACAUAUGAUAUGCCUUACAAUGAAUCCGUUUCCUUUGAAGAUAGAGUUGCUAGGCUUAUUGACUGGUUUACAUCAGAAGAACCCAUAAACCUUGGUCUCCUAUAUUGGGAACAGCCUGAUGAAAUGGGCCAUAUUCUGGACCCACUUAUGGACAAAAAGCUGGGAUAUCUUAUGUCUGAACUGAAGAAAGCGAAGCUGUGGUAUGUGAUAAAUGUCAUAAUCAGAAGCGAUCAUGGAUUGAAAGCAUCCUUCUUGGAAAGGCUCAUUGAGCUUGAUCAGUAUGUGCAUACAGAGUUCUCUACAGUCAUUGACUGUUCUCGUGCAGUAGGUAUUUUGCCAAAAGAAGGCAAACUGGGUGAAGUAUACGAAGCCCUGACCAAUGCUGAUCCCAACAUGACUGUAUAUAAAAAGGAGCAGAUUCCAGAUAGAUUACAGUGCAAACACAACAGGAAAAUUCAACCAGUCUUAGCAGUGGAAGAUAAAGGAUAGGAAAUUGUAUAUACUAAGUCUGACGGUUUUCAAUUCAGUAAUCAUGGAUAUGACAACAUCUUACCAGAAAUGCAUCCAAUUUUUUUGGCAGUUGGGCCUGUUUUCAGAAAGAAUGUCACCAAAGAAGUCAUGAAUGUUACAGACCUGUACUCCUUAUUGUGCCAUCUACUUGGUAUUAAUGCACUGCCAAACAAUGGUUCAUUCAAGUCUGUGAAAGAUACACUUGCGGAAGAAGUUCCCAUAGCCUUUGGAGCAGACACCUGUGCUACUGUUGUAGGAGGCUUUCUGAGUGACUUUCUUGUUAUGGUUUUUAUUGCAGUUUUUGUUAAGCGUUUUAUCCUCCCCCAAGCAAAUACCCUGCAAAUGCAACAUACUGAAGCUGCCCAGCCACUGUUACAAGAUUAAUAACACUUGGUACUAUUUUCUGAUUGAUGCUUAAAAGAAGCUUAUUCAAAAAAUAAUAGAAGUGCAUCAGCUUAAGUACAGGGAGUAAAAGGAAAUGAAUGCUGAUACGUUGUUACAGCGGAGUACAUACAUACCAGGUAUGCAGAGAAAGAACAUGUUCUGGUUCUACAACCACUUAAUCUUUCACGGAUUGAAAAUACUCUAGGUAAACCUGGAUGCAAUGUUGUGCAACCUGCUCUAGGUGAUCCUGCUUUAGCAGGAGGGUUGGACUAGAUGAUCUCCAGAGGUCCCUUCCAGCCUCUACCAAUCUGUGAAUCUGUGUAUGUAGACAUGUAGUGACAAGAGAUGUAGAAUACCUCAUUCUGAGCUACUUUUAGGGAAAUAACAUCAACUGAGGUGCACUUCACAGACUAUUACAUGGUGAUUUAAUUCUUCCCCCCGCUCUUUUUUUUUUUAGAGGUUUUUUUAAGUCUCUUAGGUUCUGACAAGUCACUGAAUGAGACUAGACUUCUUUGUUUUGUUUUGUUUUGGUUUUUUUUUUUCCCCCGUACCCAAGGAAGCUUUUGCAUGCAUCAGUAUUAUAGAUAGCAGUGGAUUAAAUCCUGCAGGAAAAAACAUUAUUAUUAAGGUAGGUCAUGCAGUGCUAAGUGUCUAAGUUUAGGCAUAUUUCUUUAAACUACUGUAUAAAUUGUAGCCCCAAAAUAUUCAUCUAGGCUAAUUGCCUUUAGCAAUCAGCAUUAAACUAAUUGAUUUUUUUAAUAUUUUUUUUUUUAGGUAAAUAUAAGUCUUUGCAAUUUUAGGUAUGAUUUUAGGCAGAUAUAGGUCUUUUCCUAUACUUUCCUGUAUGCUGGAUGAAAUUUUGUAGGAAUUCCACGUGGCUGGCAGUUUAAAGACACAUACAAGCACAACAGCUGUCUAUCCAAAUGGAGUGUUCUGUAUUUCUGUUAUAAGAGGGUUCUUUCUGAAUAAGGCAGACAAAUCAGUUAAGAAACAUACAUGUACAAGCUGGUUUCAGAGUGCUGCUGUCAAGCUUGUCACUGGGUGUAACAUCUGAUCCGUUACUGGAGACUCUUCUGUAGCACGAGUUUGAGUUUGGCUUGCUGUCUUGUGUUUUAUCUGAUAUAUCUGGGUGGACCUUAGAAUUUGAUGAGUAGGAUUAGAUACACAAUUUAGGGAACAGCCAUAUAAAUCUAAAGCUAUGUAUACUCUUAAAUCUGUAAAAGCACACUGUAAUAUAAAAAAAGGUGUAAGACUGGAGUUUGUUCUUCCAGAGGAAUGUCUCUGUCAGGGAAAAUCAUUAAUUCUGAGUUAACAAAACUAUAUAUUACUCAGAUUCUUUUGUAUGGGGCAAUAAAUCUUCUUGCUGUUGUAGCUGUGGGGUUUUUUUUGAUGAGCUCACUUAAAUGGUAGGUGAGAAACUGCUGACUAAAGUUUGUAUGAAAAACGCAGUAUGAAGUGAAAAAAGUUGUCUAGUUGUCAGACUUGUUUAAAAGCAGAUUUUUCUUUUUCCCCUGCCUGUGUGAGUUAGUAUUUCUCUCUUUGCUUCUGAGUACAAUGCCUGAAGGAAAAAGAAACUCUUUCAAAAUUUGCACAAAUGCUCAGUCUGGUAUUUCUGGAAGUGCAAUCUAUUGCUUUAUCCACAGCACCCAGCAGAGGGCAAAGAUGGGAAUAUCUUGGCCUUGGAUGUGCUCUGGCAAACUAAUGGUGUGACUAACAGGCUACUGUUGCAGUUGGGAGGGUGCUAGCAGACCGAGCAAGGAGCUGCAGCAAACUGAAGUACAAAAUUUAUUUUGCUAAUCUUGAUUCCAGACUUAAUGAAUGACAUCUAGGCGAGUUCGGAAGUGAGCUUACUCCUUGCUGCCUCACUGAUGACUCUACAGUGCCCUGUUACGAACUCUCUGGCACUCAGUGCAUCAGAAGUAAUCUGUCGGGUUCCUCCACGAUGGCAGGGAUGCUUCCUUAGCAUUAAGCUGUCUUGCAAACAGAUGUGGAAAGUUUCCUGAGACCGCAGCUAAGGGCAGUGAAUGCUUAAGAGGGAAGGCUAUGAAAUAUUCUGAUUUAAGGUAUACCCUGAAAGUCUAGCUGUAAUAGUAGCUUUAGGAAGGCAGGAAACCAGCAGAUCUGUUGGAGGACAGCCCCUUAAUUUGGGGGAUAUGUAUGAACUGUUGCGUAACUUAAUCUGACUCAUUGCUGCAAUCUUGCUGUUACUGUUCUGUGAACUGCCUUGUUUUCCUACAUUGCCAUUUUCUUAAGGAAACACUGAAGGAAAAUGCCUGGGUUAGGUCUGCCUGACACUGUAAAGCUGAAUCUUAGUGGAGCUGACCAUUAGGUAUGUCUUAAGUUUAAUUUGCUGAUGCCAGCUAAAGCUGAAUGCUGCAGGUGCUUUUCAAGCUGAAAGAUGAAAGCAGUAAAGAUGUGCACAGUAGUUUCUAGAGAGGCUGGGGAAGUCCAAGUAGAAAACCUAAACUCUAAAUUACUAAUCACUUCCCUAGCUACUUGCAAAAAGUGGGUGGCAGAUAGCAGAUUGAUGCAUUGAGUCCACCUUUUUAUUCGCAAGUUAAAAAUGAAUUGUAGCACAAACUUACUGUGUGCUUAAAGAUCUACAGGUUUGCUUAAGGGAAUGGCAGUGAAAAUUGGAUAUGCUGUAAUCCUCACCUGUAGCUACUUGAGUUACACACUUUCUCACUUUGGAAUAUGCUGCUUUAAUAGAAAUUCUUGUUAUUGCAGUAAUUUCAUAGCAAUGUUUGUGGCAGAUGUAAAAAUAACAGGAUCGUAAUCUCAGAUGUGUCCAUUAAACUCCCACUUGUUUAAUUGUGACAGGUGUAGUUUUGUCAUCAGCCAAAGUGACCCUUGGCUUUAAGGAGGGGGCAAACUUGCUCAGUGUUGUUCAGUCACCUGGGACUUAGGCUUACCUGCCCAAACACGCAGCAAGGGAGGAGCAAUAGGUUUCCCCUAACAAAGGGGUUCGGAACAAUAAUAGUCAAAAUAGAUUGGGAACAUGAACAUGAGAAUUCUUCUCGCUGUCAUUGCUCUGUAUCACACUGUAAGGCUCUUUGAGAGGAGUAAAAUGAAACUGUAGAAAACUGAAGGGAAUCUUGCAGCAUUCAGGUAUUUCAGUUUAGGUUUCAACAGGUUUCCUUUAUUGCUUAGCUGUAUUUGCAGGUACCUCUCAGGUAGUUACCUUGUUAGGGUAUUUGUCUAGCAAGCGUUAAACACCGUUUUAAGUUGUUGGGUGUAUGCUUAAUGAAACUGAAAGCACUUAUGAUGCCACUGGAGAAAAAUACCUGCUUUUUCUCUGAUGCGAUACGAGAUUUUUUUUUUUCAGUCUGCCUUUUUGGUUGGGGAGGAUGUGGGAUUUGGUUUCUGUGUAUGUGAUGCUUCUUAUGAUGUAUGAACAAGUUUAUUGGGAAAUGGAUUUGAGUACUGUAUGCUACUUGUAACUUAAGCUUGGAAACUGAGAAGCGUGCAUGAUUUUGUCUGUCAUUAUUGACCUGUGGAGCUUGCUGUGAGAUGUCAAACGUUUUCUUUGUUUCUUCCUGUUUGGAAAUGUCAAUGUUGAAAUACAUCUUUUCUAGAGUGCUUUCAGGUGUUGAGCGCUUGCUUCAUUUAAAAACACUUCUGGAAAAAAAACUUGAAUUGUGGGGGACGGCUGGGGGAGAAUGGCUGUAACUCAUAUGCAUCCCGAGUAUUUCUUGUACUCUGCACAGUGUAUGCCUUCAUUAAAAAUAACUGAAAAAGUGAUAGAAAUUAAGAAUUUUAGGUCAAAGUUCUUUAAUAAAAGACCUCC